AUGGCGUCGUUCAAGGACAAAAUCGGUGCCAUCUUUAAACCCCGUCGACAGCAAUCAGCAAAUGCAACCCUCACAGACGAAACUCCAUUUGCUACGAGCAUCGUCGUUGGAGGAGACAAUCCAAGCUUAUCCAUUGAAGCACCAUUUCAGCAAAACAAUGACAUCAACGGACACAACGACGCUGGAUCGUCAUCAUCGUCGCCUUCGACAGUCGUGGAUGAAGAGUUGACUCCAACUUCGCCUCCUGCCUACUCUGCUAUUGGGCAUCACGUCCUUCAAUAUCGAGUCACGGUAGCGUAUUCGCCCCGUGAACCAGACGAACUUCUGCUUAAUUUGGGAGAUGUCAUUAUUGUGAACGAGGCCUUUGUCGAUGGCUGGGCGCAUGGCUACUCUCAAUCGGCAAAUCAGUAUGGGAUGGUACCGAUGGCUGCGUUGGAAGAAGUAGUUAUCCAAACCACAACAGCAGCAGCAGCAGCAGCAGGGUCAUCUAGUACAACGAACGUGCUGACAGCGGCAGCCAGUAAUUCAAGUUUCAAUGACAUAAUCUCCAACAAUGAAGACCUGUCGACUCUGAAGGCAUGGCUCACUCCUACCGAUUUUAGGUUGACCACGUUUACUCUAAAGGAGAAGCGACUCCAAUCUACUCGAGGCUGGCUAUUGGAUGAGCUUAUGGAAUGGAAGGACAGUCCUGAUGAACCCCGUGUCUAUUGGCUCUCUGGUGUAGCAGGAGUGGGGAAAUCUGUCAUCGCUGGUAGUUUUGCUGAUGAACUCCAACAAAGGAAUCAAUUAGCAGCCCACUUCUUCUGUAAACAUGAUGAGAUUGCUCGUAAUGACCCGCUACGAGUAAUCGCUACUUGGGCAUUCCAGCUGGCUUCCUUUGAUCCCGAUAUGAAACGGGUCUUAAAGGAUUUAUAUCAAGGAGAACCCAACUUUUUGAUCAAUACGCCAUCAAUUGGUCUUCAAUUCGAACAGCUCAUAGUUAAACCAUUAUUAAAAUACCGUGGUGGUAGAGCCGUUAUAUUGCUAGAUGCGCUGGAUGAAUGUGGCCUAGAAGGGACCAAACUACGACGAGAGUUUCUACAAGUUCUGGGAAAGAGCUUUGCCAAUCUCCCCAAAAAUAUUUCUGCAUUUAUAACCAGUCGGCCAUUACAAGAUCUCCGAAAGCAGUUGUCGAACUAUCCGCCACGAAUAAUGACGCUAGAAGCCACCGAAAACCUGAAUGAUAUCAAACUGUAUGCAGUAUACAGAAUGAACCGUCUGCGUCAUGUUUUGGAAUCGGCAGCUAGUGUUGACUUUUUUGCCGAUAAAUUAGCUGCAAUGGCACAUGGACUCUUUGUAUGGUUGUAUCUUGCUUGUGAUGAAAUUGAAGAAUCGCACGACCCUGACCAAACCAUCACCGAGCUGGAAGAACGAACCAUCGGAAAUGACGAAGACCGAAUGGACACUAUCUAUACUAGAGCGCUGGUUUCUGGAUAUAGAGGAAGUCCGGAGUCAGCGAUACAGUUGUAUACCAAGCUAGUCGGAGCCCUUGUCGCCGUUCGAACACCGAUCUCCAUCGAAGAAAUGUCAGCACUAUUAGAUAUUCCAUCAACGUCAAUUAGAAUCAGCUUGGCCCGUGUAGAAUCGCUGCUCGUCAUAUCAAAGUCGUCUGUACAAUUAAUGCACAAGUCUGUUGUUGAUUUUAUCACUUCGAAGGACCGUUGUACUGGAGACGCCUCGCCGCUUUAUAUUGAUAAACAGUUGGCAGAGUCUUAUAUUGCCAGAAUGUGUUUGCUUGCUCUGCCAUCGACUUUAAGACUGACAAGUAGUACAGGGCAAAUCGAACAGCUCAGAGGAAUUGUACCUUAUGGUACUCCGACGUACAUCAGCUAUGCUCUCUACCAUUGGGCAGAUCAUCUAGAUUCCAUCCAGGAGAUGGACAAGGAGUUGAAUGAAACUCUCGUGGAAGCACUUCUUUAUUAUGGUCGUGCAAUGCUGAUCGUAACGGUAUUGAAAAAUCUCCCUUGUGCGCUCACUCAUAUUCUAAAAGUCGGUGGUGGCCCAAGGCUAUUGAAUGCGGCCGAAGGUGUUGACUUCUUCAAAUCCACGAUUUUGGAGGAAGCUAUCGUAUCUGACAAUGCAGAAAUUGUUGAGGCUCUAAUAGAAUAUGGUGGUGCUCCCGUGAAUGGGAUAGAAGACGGCAAUCGCAGACCCAUGGACGUUUGCGUCGUAUCUACCUCGAGUGAGUCACUUCAGGUGCUUUUUCGUCACGGAGUCGACUUGGAGGGCAGAAUUGAUCUGAACGGAACCGGCGGAGGUCACAAAUAUGAUUCAUCGUCGACAGGAGUGAUUAAUAUUCAAUUUGGUCUUGAGCGGUCUCGUCGUAGGGUGAAGUUGGAAGAGUUGCAUAUGGACGAUAUCAUGAAUGCUGCAAGACUGGGCAAUCUCGGCGUUUUAAAUCAGCUGUUAGAUGCAAGCCCGUCAAUCGAUAUAAACCGACAGUACCCAGAUUGCGGCAACAAGACUCUGCUGCUAGUGGCAAGUCAGUAUGGAUCUUAUGAUGUAGUCACGUAUUUGUUGAACCUCGCCGCAAAUCCCAAUCUAGUCGACGUCCAAAAUCGCAGUCCACUCCACCAUGCCUGCUCCUUCGGCUCUCUAGAAACCGUGAAAGCAUUAAUGAAAGCUGGAGCCUUGGUAGACGCCGAGGGGUUAGACAGCAGAGACGCAUUCUUCAACAACACAUUUGUCAGACCCAUCGACCUGGCUUGCGAAAAGGGUCAUGUAGAUAUAGUUAGGUGGUUGCUUGAGAAUGGAGUUAGUCCGUUAGCACUGGAGCACGAAAAGGUCCAUCCUCUUUAUUAUGCAGCAAUAGGAGAUUCUAUCGGAGUAAUCCAGCUCCUUUUAUCGAAGGGAGUGGAUGUAAAUUGCGUGAGUAAAACCUCUGGAGGCUCUAGUACCGCACUCUUUGGUGCUGCCAUGAAUGGAGCUGAGAAAAGUGUUGCAUACCUUCUCAAUGUCGGGGCUGAUUCUGAACUUUUCUCGCAAUCAAAUGGGGUGGAAGCAGAUGGAUAUCGAUUGCCAAAUCUAACUCCGUUGAAUGUCGCAUGUCUCAAGGUGUAUCCAAAUAUAGUUGCACUUUUACUCCCUAGCUAUCCCCCGGGUAGAGACACAAGAGUCGAACUGCAGGUGCCUUAUAUGGGGAUGUGGAUUCCAUUCCUUUUAACACCUUUAAUUGUGGGGACCAUAUACAAUGAACCGGCAUUGGUCAAGAUGAUGUUAGAGUAUGGAGAUGACACGGAAGUAGUGCAGCCCCUUGGCAUGGAGUUUGAGAUGUUUGAAUCGACAGCUUUGCACUGGGCGUUUUGGCAUGGACGAACCACUAUAGCCAGGUUACUGCUAGAUGCUGGAGCUAAUAUCAAGGCCCGUGUAACUUCUAAUCGAUCCUGUUUGCAUGUAGUUGCAAUUACACGAUAUGCUGGAGAUCGCAUCAAGUCCGAUAUGGUCAGACUGGCAAAAUAUUAUGGUGCUGGUCUUGAUGAUGUAGAUGCAGACGGAUGUACCCCACUACUUCUCGCUGUCGUCAACAAGGCAAUCCAGACUGUGGAGACCUUGUUGGAGCUUGGAGCUAACGUGAACCUAGCUGAUAAUUCGGGCAAUACUCCAUUGCAUGAAGCUGCGAAAGAGAAUGCUGCAAAUAUGGUCACGCUGUUAGUGAACGGCGGUGCCGAUAAGAGUAAAGUGAAUAAAUCAGGAAUGACGCCUUUACAGAUUGCUCAGAAGGCUGGAUAUAAUAAUCUACUACAGCUGUUGAAGUAA